AUGCGACGAGCUCCUCCCUCCUCCUUCAACACCAACAACCUCCUCCUUUUAUAUCUUUCCCUAACCAAACCACAACUCAGCCUCAAGGCUCUUUCUUCAACUUUUCCCCGCUUCGUUUCUUUCGCUCCGACCGAUUCCGAUCUUUUCCGUCCGAUUUCUCUCAGGAUUUAUUUGUGUCUUUUAGCCCCUAUUCGACUCGAUCCUUCGGUUUUUAAACUGGGACAGUGUAUUUAA